GGUUUUUUAUUGUCAAUGCUGUUGGUUCGGAAUAUCAGGUAUUUUAAUGGAAUUGACUUAUAGUGGAUUCAGUGUUGUUAUAUUUUCUGGUCCUUUGGGAUCAUGGAGUCCAUUCAACAUAUGUGUAAUAGAGUUCCGCUUAAGCCGGUGCUAGGGGGCGUGAGAGGUGUUGCACAUUUCAUUACCUCUCAUGAACAGACUCAAUCAAACCGAGUCUGCUAUUAUUGUUCGUGGAUGCAUUCUUUGCUUCCAAAGGAUAUUUUUACAGAUUUUAUUACAGAUAAGGCAGGUGUGGUAGACUUCUUUCUGAAUGGACAUCAAGGUCAAAAUCCCGUUACUAUAGACGAGAACACAACUAUUGAAUUUAGAUGCAAAAUUGACAGUAACCCCAAAUCAAAUAUAACGUUAUAUUUCAUGGAUAAUAUCUUGAAGACGACCAAGGAUUAUGCGCUAGCCCUUGCAUAUACGAGUCAAUCUGCAGGAUGUCUUCAGGCUGGAGUAUAUGUAUGUACAGGAAUGAAUGAAUAUAAUUAUAGGAAGCCGUCUAAAAAAUAUCUCACCAUAAAUGUCAAAUGUUUCCCUCGACCCUCACCGACAGUAAAGGUAAGAGAUAGAAUAUUUAGUUCUGAACAAGUUCCGGUUACCCUGAGUUUCACAGCUUUAGCCUAUCCAGUACCCGAUAUUUCUGGUUACAAAUGGCGGCGAUAUAAUGGUUCUGUAUGGAUAUCUCUAGCAGUCAAUGACAAUAUCAUUAUAAAUACGUCUGGACUACAAUCAAAUCUUACAAUACUCGAGGUCGCACGAACAGACUAUGGGAUGUAUCGUCUGGACAUUGAAAACUCCAUUGGAAUUUUUGAGCAAAUGUUUACAGUUGGACCAGAAGAAAAGCCGUAUCCACCAAUUGACUUUGAGCAUAUCGAAGAUCUAAAAACAGAAUCCUCCUUCACAGUGAGAUGGAGGCCAGGUUUAGAUGGCGGACCAGCUCAGACAUUUAUCCUGAGAUAUAAGAAAGUAUCAGCCCAUACGUGGGUUAAUGUUUCUAUUGCGGACAAAGGCGAAGAGCAUAUGAACUAUACUCUGAGUGGUUUGACGAGUGGUUCUGAAUACGAAAUUAUGAUAUAUUCUGUCAACAAACUCGGAAGAUCAGCUACAUCGGGUGAACUUCGCAUCAGAACAAAGGACAUUCCUCGUGGAAUCGCCAAGACGACGGAACUACCAACCAUGAGUAUAAUAUUGGGAACACUUGUAGCGUUGAUAACCAUUGUGAUUUUGGGCAUGGUUGUGACCAUUUUUGUAAGGAGAAGACUGACUAACUCAAGACACAACAAGCGGCUUAUCACAACCAAGCUUUUUGCAUAUGAAAAUGUAGAGUACAGCAAGGACGAGAAUAAUGAAAGCAGUCGAAAAGAAACUAAACAAAUUUCAGUACCAGGCUUCAUGAAAGAACUGGAAACAAGCGUACACUGCCGUGCCAAAAGUUUAAAGCCACAACUGCGGCAGUAUGAGGCAACAGAUAAAGGAAAAGAUUCCAUCCAUGCAUACGGUGGACUUGAGGAAGUCACUAAACGUUUAGAUGUUGAUAAGAGGCAAAGUCACAUGUAUGAAUCGAUAGAGAUAGUGAAAGGGGAAGUGUUAAAGCCAAAAAUGCGACAGUAUGAGGAAAAAGAUAAAGGAAAAGGUUUAGAUGUUGAGAAGAGGCAAAGUCACAAGUAUGAAUCGAUAGAGAUAGCGAAUGGGGAAGUUCUAAGGCCAAAAAUACAGCAGUACGAGGCAACAGAUAAAGGAAAAGGUUCCAUCCAUGCAUACGGUGCAUUUGAUGAAGUCACUAAACGUUUAGAUGUUGAUAAGGGGCAAAGUCACAAGUAUGAAUCGAUAGAAAUAGUGAAAGACAACAAAGAGUUACAAACGCACGAAAAAGGAAUUGACGAUGAAAUAAACUAUUCGGUGGAGAAUUAUGAAAAUCUGCUGUAAAUCAACUAAAUCAAAUUUAAUUACCGUAUCUAAAGACACAAAUAAAGUAUUGAGUGUAACUAAUAAUAUUGCUGUUUUGUAAUAAGAUACUGCUUUAUACAAGUUGAGAUCCAUGGUAUCAUUUAUGAACACAACGAAGCAGUUAUAGUUUCCAAGUUUAAAAAAAAAUCCGUAAUAUGAAACUUAAAAAGAAAACCACGCAUGCUUUAACUGAUUGUACGGGAAAUAAAGCUUAUUGAUGUUCAA